CAAGCUUAGAUAUUUUUUUCUUUCCUUCCUCAUUUUCACGCUGAUCUGCUCUGUCUUCUUCCCGAUCCUUCCUCCCGAAAAGCCCCCAAGCCACCGACUCUCUCUCUCUUUGAAAAAAAAAAAAAAACCGGUGAAGGCCUCUUGAAAUUUCCCUCCUUUCUUGCUCAAGAACCAAGUUUCAAGCCUAGACCUCUCUCCCUCCACCCAGAAAUUUCAGAUCUACUCUGCGUCUUCCUCCCUCUGCCGUCCGCGAGCUACUCUGCCGGUGAGAGUGCUUCGGUUUUGGUAAGGGAACAACCAUGAAAUUAUCUCUUAAGCUUUGAUUUAUGUUGGGUUUACUCUAAUUCCUCUUAGUUCUCCCAAUUUUGGUAGCCCGCGAGCUUCCCCUGCCUUCCCGCCGUUCUCCCCAAGCCACAGCUCCGGUUUUUUUGCUGAAUUUUUCUGGUACUUAAUUAUUCUGCACUGUAGCGCUUGGGAUUAGUGGUCUGUUUGGUGCGAUUUGAGGUAAGUAAAUUAUGAUAACGCCCUCCGAUUUUAAAGCACAUUUUAAUUUGAUUUGUUUUUGAAGUGGCGGCGGAACUAAACCCGUUUUAUACAAAAUAAGUAUGAUUGAUUUGAACUGAAAAUUUUUAUGAUUUUUAUGGAUUUGAGCAUGCCUACUUGAAGUUCAUUGAUUGUCCUGAUGAUUUGAAAGUUAAUUGUAAAGAAUGAUUUUCUAUUAACUUCUGCCUGUUCUGUCUCCGAUGUGGUUAUGUUAUUGUAAUCCUGCUAGUGGGGGUUAAACGCUAGCACAUGUCGACAUGUUAUUGAUAGAACCGGUUCGUUUGAGUGACCUUGCUAGUGGGGGGUUAUACACCAGCAAACAGUGUAGCCUGCCAGUGGGAAGUUUAAUACACUGGCCAUGACUUAUAGAGGAGACGUCUAUUUCGUUCCCGUAUUGUACCCAUUUUUUUCUGUGAUUACACUUGUUGGCAUGCUAUAAGUUUAAUGAGGGCACUCCAUGUUUUACUUACUGAGAUAUUUUAUCUCAUAGUUUUUCUUGUCCACCAUUUCAGGUAGUGAGACCCGACGCAUGGGGAGCCCAGGGGAGUGAUGAGCUAGACGGCUAGGCACUUUUGAACUUAGGUUUUUGUAGCUAAGCCGUUAGUCACCCAUGCUUGAUAUAGAGAUUUUGUGUACAGAACUUAGUGUUAGUCAUGAUUGUAUAUAUAUGAAGUGAUAAAUUUUGUACAUAUGACUGGUAAAUAUUUGGUAAUUAAAAAGGCUUAGAUUU